GAACCCCGGACAGAGAGGAGAACCAAGUACAGCGGGUCAGGAAGCCACUGUGCCCUGGACUCAAGGCAUCUCUGCCUCAGGACUGGCCCAGCCAGAGCGACCUCCCACCCCCCUGGGUCCAGUGGCAGCUGACCAAAUGCCAAAGGCAGCCCCUCCUAGGGAGCUGAAACGUUAGGGGCUCUCAGACAGCUAGGGUUGUCUCGGUUCACUGAGACGGGUGAAAGGGGGCUUCGCCAGCUGUGCAGGUCUGGGUCAGGGCCUAGAGCCUGAGGAUGGGCCCUAGGGGGGCUUGUUUCUGUUCUGGGACCUCCUGCCCAGGGAGGGGCAGAGCCAGGCUCUCCCUGAUGACCCCUGAGUGGGCUCUGGCCAGCGGUGGCAUGACCUUGGUAAGCUCAGAGGAAGCCCAGCAGCCUUUCUCAGCCAAGGGUGCCGGAAGGUCAUGGCCAAAGGCUGGUGAACUGUUGGACACCGUGGCCCCUCCCCCCAUGGCCAGCAGCCACCUGGGGCAUGUCGGGACAGUCCAGGGCUGACCGUCACCCAGGUGAACUGAACCCUGGUGGGUGGUCCUUAACUGGGCUUGGCUCUAUAAAGUCAGCCUUGCUACCAGCAACUCAGGAGGAAAGCUGCAGGCUGGCCCGGCUGAGCAGAAAAUGCACAAAGCUGUGGGGGAAGCUCCUCCUGGGGAUGAAAACUCAAACAAGAUGAACCCUAUUUUUCAGUGAACUUCACUCACCCGAAAGCAGGACUGUAGCAACAUGUCAUUGUGACGUUAUCGUUCGCGGUCACUCUGGGAACAGGGCAAGUGGCAGCUGCGGAUAUUCCAACUCCAGGAAGCAACCAGGUUUGAGGGCAGCACAGCGUCUCUCUGGACACCCCAUUUGUUCUGCUCUCUUUGAGGACAGAGAUGGAGUGCUGGCCCCUGAGCCAGGGAGGGGGAGCCCAACCCAGGGGGCAGGUGGGGUGGUGGCAGUGGUUGCUGGCCGGGGCCCUGGGCCUGUGAAGACCCUACCCCUGUGGCCCAUGUGCCUCUGUUGACCCGUGAUGGAAAACUUCCAGUACAGUGUCCAGCUGAGUGACCAGGACUGGGCUGAAUUUUCGGCCACUGCUGAAGAGUGUGGCCUCCUGCAGGCUGCCCUGGCCUCUGGGGAUGAGCUCUUGUCCAGUGACACUGACCAAAGGGACAAUAGUCCUCCAGGGCCCCCUCCUCUUCUUGAGGGGCAGUUGGCUCCCGGGGGGAGUUGCCAGCCUGGCUUUGAGGAGGAGGGCAAGGCAGCCACUUGGCAGCUGGUCAGCAGGUCUUGGCGCGAGCCUGUCCUGGCCCUGGAGGCUGGUCAGCAGACGCCUAGCACGUCCGCACGGUCAGAUGCUCGGCUGUCCCUCAGCUCUGGGGCUGCCCUUUCUGUCCGGAGCUCGUCCCUCCCAGGGCCAGCGUCUUCCGGAGACGAGAUGCAGAGGCUUCUGCAGGGGUCAGCCCCCCAGGGCCCUGCCCCUAGUCCCACUGGUGAGCCUCCUCAGAGCCCCGAGUCCCCUAGCCGCAGCGCUGCCCCCCAGAGGCCCCCUGGCAGCCCUGGAGCCCCACCACGCAGCCCCAGCCGAAAGAAGAGGCGCGCUGCAGGCACCAAGGCAGGUGGGCGCUCGGGUGCUCCAGGCUCUCUCACCCAGCUGGGUUCCGAGGUGCUCACUGAGGCCAGGCCUGAGGAGGGCCUCAGCCUGGCUGGGUCCAGGGGGAGGGCUCUCCCAGCUGGGGUGGCAAAGCAGAUGGCAGGAGCCAGGCAGAACGAACUGGGGCCAGAGUCGGCAGGAGCCCCUGAGCGGGUGACCAGGCAAGGGCCAGGUGUGGCUCUGUCUAUAUCUGUCCCUACCACUGAGCAAGGUACAGAUCUACUCAGAAUGAUGCCCAUGGCUGAGCCUGUGUCCAUGCUGGACCUGGAGGCGCCUCGAGAUGUCUCAAUGGCCAAGUCAAGGAUGCCUCGAUCAACACCUACCUCCAAGCCUUCAGCUGAGGUUGCUCAGUCUACAUCCGCCUCCAAGCCUCCAGCCGAGGUGCCUCAGUCUACACCCGCCUCCAAGCCUCCGCCCAAGGUGCCUCAGUCUACACCCGCCUCCAAGCCUCCAGCCGAGGUGCCUCAGUCUACACCCGCCUCCAAGCCUCCAGCCGAGGUGCCUCAGGCUACACCCGCCUCCAAGCCUCCGCCCAAGGUGCCUCAGUCUACACCCGCCUCCAAGCCUCCAGCCGAGGUGCCUCAGUCUACACCCGCCUCCAAGCCUCCGCCCGAGGUGCCUCAGUCUACACCCACCUCCAAGCCUCCGCCCGAGGUGCCUCAGUCUACACCCGCCUCCAAGCCUCCGCCCGAGGUGCCUCAGUCUACACCCGCCUCCAAGCCUCAAUUGGAUGUGGACUUGCUUAUGCUGGGCCCAGUGGUCAAGCCAGAGGUGGAUUCAUCUACAGCUGCCUCAAAGGCCACCCCGUGUAGGGCUCUGCCUCACUUUGCUCCAGAGACCAGGUCUGAAGGGGGUGUGUCUACAUCUCCUGUUCCCCAGGAUUGGCCUGAUGAGGUGGAGGCGGAGGCUGCCCCACUGGCCCAGCUGGGUCUGAGCCCUGUUCCACCUCCAGGGGUGCAUGGAGAGAAGCCCAGAGGGGAACCCUCAGAAGGAGCUCCUGGAUACCACACUGGGGAGCCCCUACUAGGCCCCACCCAAGCUUCCAAGAAGAAGAAAGUGAGAUUCUCCAUGGCUGAGCCUGGCCCGGAGAAGCCAGGGACAGGAGCAGCCACAGGCCCGCCCCCCACAACCACCACCCCCAGGAUGGCAGCUGGGGGCCGCAGGGGGUCCGGGGCCUGGGACGCUGUGGCAGUUGGGCCCCGGACCCCUCAGCCUCGGAUCCUGAAGCACCUGCCUCCCCCUGCCCCCUCUGCCUCAGGGGGGCCUGCGCCCAAGAGCUGCUUUGCGGUGACCCUUCCAGAAGCCUAUGAGUUCUUCUUUUGUGACACCAUCGAGGAGGAGGAGGAGGAGGAGGACGAGGAUGCUAAGGAAGAAGCGGAGGCCCGCCAGGCUCUGGCUGAAGUCCGGUGGCCGGAGGUGUGCGAGUUCUUCUUCCAGGACUGCCAAGGCCAGAGGGUGGGGCGCCAGAAGGGCCGCUCCCCAGCCCCGCCCCCACAAGCCAAGCCUGAACCUGUCUCUCCUGGAGACCCCAUGCCCAUCUCUAUCCCGGAGGCCUACGAGCACUUCCUUGGGGAGGACAGGUCAGGGGGUGUGCUGGAGCAGACGGCCCUUCUCCAGGUGCAGGCCAUGGAGCCCCCCAGCUCAGUCCUCUGGGGAGUGGGGACUGGCACCCCACCAGAGCCUAGCCCAGCCACAGCAGAGCAGCUCAACCUGGCCAUCAGGCAAGCAGGGGAACCCCGGGGUCCCCUCACCUCGUUUACCUUCAGCCAGAACGACAUGUGCCUGGUGUUUGUAGCCUUUGCCACCUGGGCUGUGAGAACAUCAGACCUACAUGCCCCAGAUGCCUGGAAAACAGUUUUGCUGGCCAACAUCGGCACCAUCUCUGCCAUCCGAUACUUCCGCCGGCAGGUGAGGCGGGGGCGCGGCAGCCCCAGCCCCAGCCGCAGCCCCAGCCCCUAGGACCCAGGCUUGGCCCAGGAAGACGCACGACAAGGGAAUGCUCACAGGUGCUCAGGGCCCUCAGGCCUUGCCCUUUGACCCUUGUGUUCUUCAGUAUCUAGGAAGGAGCCAGCGUCCUCAGUCCAGGCUCCCUUGGACUCCACUCGAGGGUCCAGCCGGUGGUGGUGGCCGAGGCUAUGCUCCACACCUGGGAGUGAAGAGAUUCUGGAAGGCUGGGUGGGUGGGGGCCAAGCAGGGAGCUGGUUACUGAGGUGGCCAGAUCAGCAACUAAAAACAUAGGGGCGUCCAGUGAAAUUUGAAUCUCAGACACACAGGAUUUGAGAUGUACUUAUGCCAAGAAAUUAGUUGUGGUUUAUCUGAAACCAAAGUUAACUGGCACCCUAGUCCUAUCUGGUUAUCUUGUUGGGGGGAGGGGCACGACAGGGCCUGGGAAAUUAGAUGACUUCAGAGCAGCAGCAAGGCCCCAGCUGGAGGUCUGAGCAGGGGGCAAAGGUAGGGAGGCUGGGUGGCCUUGAGACUAGGAGGCCAUGUCCCAGGGACUCUGCCCUGUUUGUAAGUGGGCUGGGCCAGUGGAGGCCUCUGAGGCUGCCUUGACCCUUGAACCCCAGGGGUGUACAGUCAAGCCUCCUUGGUUCCUGCCCAAGAUGGUGAGCAGGUACCUAAGGUGCCCUGUGGGGUGGGGGUCUGUAGGGCAGAGCCUGGAGUCCUUCCUCCAGGGAACCCUUGAGCAAGUGCUGAGGCAGAAGACAAUGGCAUCGGGGGAGGGACUGGACAACCUGGGAUUGUCCCAAGUCUGAGAGGAGCUGGAGAUGGGACAGGAAAGUGGGUGGUGUGCUGGUGGUGGUAGAGCACGGGGGUCUGCCAGGCUGGGUGCUAGGUGGGCAUCCAGCCCCGAAGCAGCAUGGCGUACAGGGUCCCCAGGACGCAGGAGACUCCUGGCUGCUGAGGACAGAACACGUGGACACAUGGCGCCAAUAAAAUCUCUUUCUUUCUUG